CACCAUAUAUACAACCAAACCCCUCCCCACAACCACUUAAUUCUCAAUCCUCUCCUCUCCUCUCCUCUCCUCUCCUCUCUCACACACAUUUGUAUUGCAAGUCUGGUUGCAAUUUUGCUGAAAAGGUAUUUGGGAAGGUUUGUUUGGAUUUCCAAUUCCAUGGAAUAUAGUACUACUACUGGUUUGUUGGAUACUUCACUGGAUCUUAACACCAUUCCUCAGCUACUUCUCAAAAAAGCUCAACCAUGUGAAAAUUCACUUCUUGUCAUUCCCAAAAGUCAUGUUCUUGACUUGCCAAACUUAGAAUUCUCUCUUAGUACUACUACUACUCAUGCUUGUCAAAAUAAAGAGGUUCAAACCAAUUUCAUCGAUGAGUUGGGAAGGAACAUGUCAGUACAAGAAGAGCAACUUAAGGUAGGUGCUUUAGUGGAGGAAUUGAAGAGGGUGAAUGAAGAAAACAAGAAGCUGAUUGAGAUGUCAAUAGUAAUGUGUGAGAAGUACAAUGUUUUGAGAAGGCAAUUCAAGGAUUAUAUGAGCAAGAAUAAUAAUAGUCCCAAAACGGAGAUUACUGAGUCGAGGAAGAGGAAGAGUACUGAAAGCAGCAACAACAACGACAACGAUAAUUGCACCACCGGUGGUUUUAAUGGGAAUUCGGAGACUAGUUCAACCGAUGAGGAUUCAUGUAAGAAACCAAGGGAAGAACACAUCAAGACAAAGAGUACUUCAAGGGUCUAUGUACGAACUCCAGCAUCCGAUACAAGCCUUGUAGUAAAGGAUGGAUAUCAAUGGAGGAAGUAUGGCCAGAAAGUCACCAGAGACAACCCUUCUCCUAGAGCUUACUUCAAAUGCUCUUUUGCUCCAAGCUGCCCUGUCAAAAAGAAGGUGCAAAGAAGUGUCGAAGAUCAAUCUGUUUUGGUUGCAACAUAUGAAGGAGAGCACAACCAUUCACACCCUUCAAGACUUGGCACAUCUGCUUCUAACCACUCCACAACACUCGGCUCAGUUCCCGGCUCAGUAUUGCUUGGUUCACCUCCACAUACCAUUACUCUUGAUCUAACAAAAUCUGAACCCAAAAACUCUAGCCGAAGAAUCAAUUCACCAGAUUUGCAACAGUUCUUGGUGGAAGAAAUGGCUUCUUCCUUGACAAAAGAUCCGAGUUUCAAAGCAGCACUUUGUGCAGCCAUUUCCGGAGGAAUUCUCCAAAAUAAUCAGAUGGGAAAAUGAUAGACAGCCAAGCCAACCCAGGGACUUAGUUCUCUGUAUUUGAACUUAUAUUUUGGAAGAUUUGGAGUGUACAAGUUGAUGUGAACACCAAAUUGGAGCAGAAACAAACUAUCGAAACAUGUAGUUUGAACUUUCUCCAUUUAGGGUACAAUUUUGUAUACACGAGGCUGCAACUUGGCGUGCUUCAUCCAGAGCCAACAAAAGUUCAAGGCGGCAUGCUUGGUUGAAAUUUUAAGACCAACAUGAGUGCCUUGAGGCCUUGGACGACACACUCCAAUUUUUCACACUUUGUGUUUCAAUUGUUCAUACAUAUGAUAAAUCAUAUAGAAUCUGUUCGCACAAAUUAUUUACUCCUAUAAUACAUCUUUUCAACCCGAUCAAGGAGGCAUAUAUCUGUGUUUUUCUUCCUUUGGGAAC